AUGACUUCCCACAUCGCCGCGCCUUUUACCAACCAGUUCCUUUGGGUCCACCAUGAUGCAGAAAAUAUGCAAGCCUCGCCGCACAGGCAUCGAAUAUACUCGCACGUUCAAACAAAUUAUCGAGCCUGGAAGCGCCGAGAGAAUUUUAGGGCUCUCCGAGCUUCGUCUUCCCAGAAGAUCAGUUAUGAAUGGAGGCAUAGAAGACUCCGUCCCAAAACAGACGAGGUUCACCAGCAGACCCCCUCAAUGCAGACACAAUUUACGACACCCGGUCCUGUUGCCAUAGCCACUUCCCCUCUCUCGCUCGUUGGUAGGGGAAAUUCGGACCCGUUUCAUGUCUACUCCAUUGCUAUUGGCCCCGGAGAGAACAAUCUUAUAUCUUUGUACCGCGACUACAUUCUCCCAGUGGUGUACCACUUCAAAAUUGGCGACAAGAACCUCAAUCAACUUGCCAUGCGAGAUUGGCGAGACAAUGUGGCUACGCUUGAAGAGAGAGGGACGGCGCUCGGCACUUUGGCUCGCUAUGGCUCGAUCGUCGCUCGAGCGAACCCUGGCAUGUGGCCCGUGGCCCUAAAAUACUUGUGCCAAAGCACUCGAACACUUCGAGAUAAAGUUUCGCGCAAUGAGGACUUGCAAAAUACUGGUGGCUGUCUACACAUGAACAUGUUGUUCAAUGCCGAAAUUAUCAAUGGCAAUCUUGCCGGAGCAACUGUGCACGGCAAAAUGCUGCUCCAUGUUUUCAGACAGCAAUGGGAACAACAAAGACUGGAUUACAAGAUGUUGUUGUACCAACUCCACAACGAUCUACAAUUUGCCUCUAGAUUCCUUAGCCGUCCGAUAUUUGAUGAGGGCGAGUGGUUGCCUACAGUGUUGAAGCCUCUUUGGGACGUGGCCGCUCCAUAUAUGCCCAUAUACGCCGAAGAAGAACUGGACCCUGCUAUAGAAGACAAGACCGUCUCGUACUGGUUCAAAAAAAGUCGGCUGACGCUCAAGUACGAAAAGAUCCAGAAUACUGAAAGUGAGAGACUUCCACUUCUGCCGCUGGUGCAGACCUCUGUUAUGUCACUCGCGUUUCUUUUCCACAGCCGGAUGAUUAAUUACUAUCUGGACAGCGAGGAGCAGCUCAAACGUGAGGGCCUGACUGAUAUGGUCAAAGCCUACCUUUAUGCUCACGAAGCCCUCGCACUGGCAUCGGCGCAGCUCCUAAGAUGGAAAAAUUACAAUCCGCGAAUCAUGGGUGUACCCAUUUAUGACAACUGCCGACCUUUGAACGCGCUAGGGUACGCCUUAGACCAGUGUGAGAUUUUUUCAGCGCGAGGUGGAGGGAAUAAGUAUCUGAACGCAAGGAUGUGGGCAUUGUACAUCGCCGCACUAGUAGAGCGCGGGCCCCCCUCUGACCAGGCACGAACAAACCAGGAACGAUUUAACAGAAAGUUGGCCGAGAUGGCUUGGUCAAUGCAGGUUUUCACUUGGAAGGAUCUGAAAGUGAUUCUCCAGGAGUUUUUGUACGAAGAACCCCUUACAUCUCAAGGGUCGGUCUGGUUUGAGGAGAUGGUACUUAACUAUCAGAGGACGAAGAACUCCAGCGAUUCCUAA